AUGCCGGGCGAUCGCCGGCUCACAAACACCUGCGAAGCCGCGACGGUGUCGGCAAGGCGCUGGCUCUGCGGGUGGCGAAAUGGGCGCCGGCGAGCCCCGCGCGGUGGGCAGGUGGCGGCGCGCCCGAAAUUUUGUUUUGCAACGAUUAUUGGGAAAUCAAUUCGUGUGCGCAUAGCGGUGCACCAUGAAGCACGCCGGGCCCCGGCGCCGCAGGUGGCUUUGGGGGCGCCCCCGGCACCGCGUCGCAAAUCCCCGGGGCCUCCGCCAGCCGUUUCGAAAACAAGAACAGAGUUUUGCUGCUACGGCGAGGCCCGAUGGAGCGGGGCGUCGCCAAUGCGGAGUGGGGGGGCGGGGCGGGGCGGAACUCCACAAGAACCCGCCACCGCGAAUGGGAAACGCGCGGCGUGGGGAACAGUCGCCAUAUGCCGGCCCGCGGCGGCCCCCCUCCAAACUUUGCUUUGGACGCCGACGAGGGGGGGGGGGCCUUAA